AAGAGAGGACACAACAGAGAUGACUCGUUCGGACAAAGCCAAGCCUUGGCCACCCUGACACCGGAACCGCAGCCCUGUCACAAAGGACAUCAAAAGGUGUGCAUGAGAAUAAAUGCUGUGAGAUCUGGAGGAAAGCAGCAGGAGCACAAACUCCUGCAGAGGCUCACACCAGUCAGUGCAGGGGUCAACAACACGUUUGUCUACUGGAUCCAGAUUUUUCUUUGUGUACAGAUUAACUGACCACAAUUUCAAUUAACCUUUGGAUUAAGACGUUCAGAGAUCACAAACAUUGUGUCUUACUGUUGCAUCAGCUCAUUAAUAGAGAACCCCAGAAGGCAUAAAAUAGAAAGCUGCAUUGUUUUUCCCCAUGGCGAGAAUUUGGGUCGUUCCACUGGGAACCAUCUGCACCUCCAGCACUUUGCUCUUGUUGUGUUCCAUACUACUGCUCCAGGGGCUCUGUGGACAGAGCAGCCCGAUCUCCAACACCCAUCAGAGGUAUCGGCCCGCUCCGGGGCUGGGGGACGGGCAUGGAGGGGUGGUGGAUCCCUCACUGCUGGAGCAGGACAACCACAUGAACAUGCAGAGCUUGCUGGAGAGCCUGAAGGAGCAGUUUCUGCGGACUUUCAACCUGUCUGGCUUGGGUCCUCCUCCGCUGCCUCCUGGGGGCACACGAGAAGAGCCACCUGAGUACAUGAUGGAGCUCUACAACCGAUUCGCUAAUGACCAUACUGCCAUGCCCACCGCCAACAUCAUCCGCAGCUUCAAAAAUGAAGAUUCAUCUCCCCGUGUUGUGGGUGUUGGAGGAGUAAGGCUUUACCCACUCCUCUUCAACGUGUCAGUCCCCAAUCAUGAACGCAUCACAGCGGCUGAGCUUCGCCUCUACACACUUGUCCAGAUUGACCGCCACCUCUAUGCUGGGGUCGACCGCAAGGUCACUAUCUACGAACUGGAAUCGUAUGUCGGAGAUGACAACAUGACUGAUGAGAACACCGUGAGAGGCGAUGGAUUCAGAGGAGGAGGAGAGCGGUUAGAGCUUGUGGAGUUGGCUUCACGCCAGGUCUACGACACCGAUAACGGCUGGGAGGCCUUUGACCUCUCUGCUGCUGUUCAACGCUGGCGCAAAUCGGACCACGGCACCACGCACCGGUUGGAAGUGCACAUUGCCAGCAUGGCUAAUGAAGACAAUUUUCAAGGUAUGACAGAGGACAACAAAGACAGGAACCCCCCUGAAGGAGACAUGAAGAUUGACACCAGCCCUGAGGAGAAACACAAACCUCUGCUGAUUGUUUUCUCUGACGACCAAAGUAGCGAUCACCGUGAUGACAAGCAUGAGCUGAACGAGAUGAUCGACCACGAAACCUCCAACAUGGUCCUCCAGAACGACUUGGGGAUGGGCCUGAAUGGGCUGUGGGGGGAGCUGGGGAGAGACAGGGAUGAGUCGGACGAAGAAGCAGAGCCAGAUGAAGAGGACCUCAUCCAAAUGCGCUCCAAUCUGAUCUACGACACAGCGUCCCGCAUCCGUCGCAAUGCCAAGGGGAACCACUGCAAGAAACAAUCUCUGUACGUAGAGUUCAAGGACAUUGGAUGGGACAGUUGGAUCCUGGCGCCCAACGGUUACGACGCCUUUGAGUGCACUGGUAUCUGUUCCUUUCCACUGACAAAGCAUGUCACACCCACCAAGCAUGCCAUUGUCCAGACAUUGAUCAAUAUCAACAGUCCUCAGAAGGCGGCACGAGCUUGUUGCGUGCCCACCAAGCUGGACCCCAUCUCCCUGCUGUACUUGGAUGACACAGGCGUGGUCACCUACAAGUACAAGUUUGAAGGCAUGGUGGUGGCAGAGUGUGGCUGCAGAUAGUCCAUGUUUUGAGAGAGUUUAACUCUUCGUAAAGUCUUAAGAUAAGAGGAAAGACACAUAACUAACAGUAAGCUGCAAAAAGGAGGUUGGAAUCUCUGUUAAAGUUACUCAGUGAGAUUGGAAGUGCAUGUUCACUAUUCAUGAAACUAUGUGCGCUCCAAAUGAUUAACAUUCAGACAGUGGGAAGACAGUGUGCUGCAGAUUUACAUUCAAAAACAGUGAUGCCAAGGUGUGUCCUCAAACCCCACAAGAAGGAAACGGCACAAGACUUCCCAACGGAGCUCAUCCUACAGUGUGUGCGGCCUGGUGGGAACCAGUGGGCCAGUUAUCCCCCUCCCUCUCCUUCCCAUCUGACAUCUGUCUUCCUCUCCACUUAUCUCUGGCCUCCCCGCUCGAUGCAAACACUAAUCAGCACUUCAUGUGUCCUGGCGCAGUGAAAUGACCCCCAAGAGGCAACCUGACAAGACAUGAACUCUCCAGGCCCACCUCCUGCCUCCUGCAGCCUCCUGAUACGUAUAGGCGCUGUACAGGGGUCCUAUGAGAGCAGGGUUAUCUAUCCCAAUCCUGUUUCCCACUUCACAUGCCUCUCUUCCACUCCCUCAAGCUACAGCGAUAGCAAGGUGUGGGGGGCUGAGAAACAUGUAUGCCACCACUCAGGCUCGGAGAAAUGGACGGCAUUCUGGGCAAUAUUUUGAUGUGGUGUGAUGGGGGAGUGGGACCGGACAAGGGGGCCGGGGUUGUCCACAUUCCGAGGCAACAAACAAUCCUAACUGGCUCAACUUACUGACCUUGCACCAUGUGUCACUGACAUAUCUACAACUCCUCAGUUGAGCCAUCUAUCACUUUUAGGAUAAAAACUGCCUUUUUGGACAGUUAUCAACUGACGGCCAAACUCUAGAGUUGAAAAGGGGGCACUUUGUCACAUUCCUUUUAUGGAUACGACCCAAAGAAAACACAGCUACAGAAAUACAGUUUCUUUGUUUAAAAGCCUUAUGAUACCUCUGCUGCUUAUGUCAAAUAAAAUACUAUUUAUUGUUCUAAUUUAUUAAUUUUUACAACAGAGUAGAUAAGUGUCUAUAUGUAUAUUGGUAAGUUGCUCAGUGUAGAGUAGGUUUUG